AUGUCUUAUAUCGUCCCCAUUCACCGUCCUAGCGGAGUCCGACAUGCAAUUAAACUGAACUUCCUUGAUCCCAACAGUGAUACUCUCAUUGUCGCGAAAGCGAAUCGAUUGGAAAUAUACGAGCAAGGGUCCGAAGGAUUGGCACUGUUGUACUCGAAGACGGUAUAUGGCUACAUUACAGUCCUCGAGAAACUGCGACCGGCCUCUUCAAAGACGGACCAUCUGUUUAUCGGAACCGAUCGAUAUCAUUACUUCACAUGUUCCUGGAAUGCGGAUAUCAAGCAGCUGCAGACCGAGCAAAGCUAUGUUGAUCUGGCGGAUAACGUCCUACGGAACUCCAAAGAGGUGGAUAGAUGUCACAUAGACCCUACGGGGCGAUACAUGACAUUGGAAUUGUAUGACGGGGUCAUCUCAGUCCUGCCGUUCGUGCAGCCCUCGAAUAAACGGGUCAGAAGAGAGACUACCACAAACACACAAGUGGGAACUCUCGGCGAGCCCGUCCAGGUCCGGAUCGAAGAACUCCUGUCGAGGUCAUCAGCGUUCCUAGCCGUGGACCCAGAUUCCAAAGACACCCCGAAGUUAGCAAUCCUAUGGGAAGACAACCUGGAGAACCCACAGUUAAAACUGCGCGAGUUGAAAUACUACCCUGGCGGUGAACAAGCAACAGCGGAAUUCGAGACCGUUGCUGAACUACGUGGUGAUCAGUUGGAUAAGGGAGUCAGCCAUCUCAUCCCCGUGUCAGCGCCUUACGGAGGCUUCCUGAUACUGGGCGACCAUGCGAUCCGCUAUGUUGACCGGGACUUGACCCAUGUUAUCACACAGCCUUUGGAAGACAAUGCAACCAUCUGGACGUGCUGGACCAAGAUUGACGAUCAAAGAUGGCUGCUGGCUGACGACUUUGGCAGAUUGUUCUUCCUGAUGAUCGAGGUCUCGGGAUUCGAAGUCUCAUCGUGGAGACUAGACCGUGUCGGUGUCGCUUCGAAGGCAUCCUGCUUGGUUUAUCUCGACGAAGGUUACGUUUUCGUUGGCUCACACUCAGGAGACUCCCAGGUGGUCCGCAUCGAAGAAGAGGGCGUCCUUGUUGUCCAGACUUUCGCCAACAUCGCCCCUAUCUUGGAUUUCACUAUCAUGGAUUUGGGCAGAGGUGCCGAAGGAGGACAGGCCCCUGAAUUUUCCUCCGGCCAAGCCCGAAUAGUGACAGCUUCGGGUGCGUGGCAGGAUGGGUCCAUUCGAAGCGUGAGAAGUGGCGUCGGUCUCGAAGAACUCGGUACAAUCGGCGAACUGUCUCACAUCACAGAUCUCUGGGGAUUGAGCUCGACAGGCCAGGAUGGUGUUCACGAUACACUUUUGGUCUCUUUCGUCACAGAAACACGCAUCUUUAAGUUCGACUCCGAAGCGGCCGUCGAAGAGGUGGACGAGUUCCAUCACCUGGAGCUUUCUCAGCCAACUCUGCUUGCAGCAAAUCUACCGGAUCGCAAGCUCGUUCAAGUAUACGAGACUGGGAUGCGGAUAACAGACCUCGAAUCGAGUAUGCUUACGUUGGAGUGGAAACCGCCGGAUUCAAGGACCAAGAUAACGGCAGCAUGCGCGAACUCUGUGCAUCUUCUUGUGAUUGAGGGAGGUCAUACCCUCCAUGUAUUCCACCCGGCCAACAACGACUCUAAGCCGACCGUGUCGAAAACAUUUCCAGCGCACUCGCAAAUAUCCAGCGUGACGGUUGCGGACUCGCAAAGCAAUGUAUGCAUUGUAUCUUUCUGGCAGACGGCAUCUGUCGCGAUACUUGACCUACAUUCUCUUGAUACGCUCCAAACACAGACUCUGGGUACGCCGGGGUCUGACAUUCCACGGUCUGUCUUGGUCGCACACGUGCUUCCCGAUGCUCCGCCUACUCUCUUCGUCGCGAUGGCGGAUGGCACAGUUUUGUCAUGUUCAUUUGAUGCUGCCAAACAUGUUCUAUCUGGAAUGACAAGGAUAUUACUAGGAACUGAGCCUGUCGUCUUCAAGCAGCUGCCGAAGGACAAUGAUCCACAAUCAGAUCUGUCGAAUGUCUUCGCAUCCUGUGAGCAACCGUCGUUGAUUUAUUCAUCCGAAGGUCGAAUAAUCUAUUCUGCCGUCAACGCCGAGAGCGAGUCGCGCGUGUGCAACUUCAACUGCGAAGCAUAUCCGGAAGCAAUCGCCAUGGCUACGCCAAAGGAGCUCAAGCUAGCCCUCAUCGGAAAGGAGAGAACAACUCAACUGCAAACCCUCCCUAUUGGGGAGACUGUACGUUGUCUGACCUAUGAGCCAACAGCAAAGAUGUUUGCCAUGGGCUGUAUUCGGCGGAUCAUGGAAGGUGGUACUGAAGCUUUACUCAGCUCUGUUAAGAUCGCAGAUGAGGUCAGCUUCAAGGAACUCGACUCGAUUGAGCUACAGGACCGGGAACUUGUGGAAUGCAUCGUAUCGACCGGCUCCUUUGAGACCGAAGAUGAAUCAAAUGGCUACCACGACAUGUUUGUUGUGGGUACCAGUUUGAUGGAAGAAGAUGCGGCUGGGGAGGAAGUUACGCAGGGGCGGAUCAUGGUCUUUGAGGUCAAUAAGGAGAAGAAGCUCAAGCAGGUGACUCAGAUCAAAGUCAAAGGCGCAUGUCGAAGUCUGGCCAUGUGUGACGGCUUGAUUGUGGCUGGCUUGGUGAAAACGGUUGUUCUCUAUGGUCUCACACCGUCGUCGACACGAGGAGACCAUUCUUUGGAACUGCGGAAGCUGGCUACCUACCGAACAUCGACAAAUCCGCUAUCGAUUGCCGUCACACCCGCCAGCUCGGGAGCACCGGCAUUGGUCGCCGUGGCCGAUCUGAUGAAGUCGUUGUCCAUCUUACAAGUCCUCCCGCCCGAAUCAUCCAACCCGGAGUAUCGGCUUCACGAGGCCUCUCGGCAUUUUGCGACAGUGUGGUCUUCCUCCACUGCUGUUCUGAGGGAAAAUGAAUGGGUCGUGGCAGACAUGGAGGGAAAUCUAAUCAUGCUCCGACAGGGAUCUCUGGAUUCCGACGCUGGGCCGGCCCGGCGACGGCUGGAGGUGACAGGCGAGUUCCGCCUAGGAGAGGUGGUCAACAAAAUCCCGGCGCGAACAGGUCCACUCGUCACUCCGCGUACAUUUCUCGGGACAAUUGAGGGAGCCAUUUACAUGCUCGCCACCAUCAGCCCUGCCUAUGUCAAUGUUCUACUGCUUCUGCAGUCUGCACUGGCCAAUCGUGUUCAGGCCCCCGGGUAUAUGCCAUGGGCGAGAUUCCGAGCCUGGAAGACCGAGGUUUCUGAAAAGGACGAGCCCUUCCGCGUUGUGGACGGGGAGAUGAUUGAACAGGGUCUCCUGGCUCUCGGUGAUCAGGAGCUGGAGACGGUCUUGAGAGAGGGUGGGCUGAUGGAAGAGACGCUGAACGUCAGUGUCGAAGAAGUACGGGGCUGGGCCGAUGAAUUGAGACGUUUGUAUUAG